AUGCAGAAAGCAUAUGAAUCCUACACACCUUACACAGUUGCUCCGGGAAAGGAAGAGCCCAGCAAGCAGAAGCGGAAGUUCUCUUCCUUCUUCAAGAGUUUGGUCAUUGAGCUGGACAAAGACCUUUAUGGCCCCGACAACCACCUAGUUGAGUGGCACCGGACACCCACCACCCAGGAGACGGAUGGGUUCCAGGUGAAGAGGCCGGGGGACCUGAGUGUACGCUGCACACUGCUCCUCAUGCUGGACUACCAGCCUCCCCAAUUCAAACUGGAUCCCCGCCUGGCUCGGCUGCUGGGAUUGCACACACAGAGCCGCUCAGCCAUCGUGCAGGCCCUCUGGCAGUAUGUGAAGACCAACAGGCUGCAGGACUCGCAUGACAAGGAAUACAUCAAUGGGGACAAAUACUUCCAGCAGAUUUUUGAUUGCCCGCGGCUGAAGUUUUCUGAGAUUCCCCAGCGCCUCACAGCUCUGCUAUUGCCCCCUGACCCUAUUGUCAUCAACCACGUUAUCAGCGUGGACCCGUCGGACCAGAAGAAGACGGCGUGCUAUGAUAUUGACGUGGAGGUAGAGGAGCCACUGAAGGGACAGAUGAGCAGCUUCCUCCUGUCCACGGCCAACCAGCAGGAGAUCAGCGCUCUGGACAGUAAGAUCCAUGAGACGAUUGAGUCCAUAAACCAGCUCAAGAUCCAGAGGGACUUCAUGCUAAGCUUCUCCAGAGACCCCAAAGGCUACAUCCAAGACCUGCUCCGCUCCCAGAGCCGGGACCUCAAGGUGAUGACAGAUGUGGCAGGCAACCCUGAGGAGGAGCGCCGGGCUGAGUUCUACCACCAGCCCUGGUCCCAGGAAGCCGUCAGCCGCUAUUUCUACUGCAAGAUCCAGCAGCGCAGGCAGGAGCUGGAGCAGUCGCUGGUUGUGCGCAACACCUAGGAGCCCCCGUGAAUGAGCACCACUGUGGGCCUCCGGGCCCGGGGCCCUGGCCCCCCGGGGGCUCUGCCAUCACUCCCCUGACACCUUCUGGGUGAGGCAGGGGAAUGAUUAAAGGUCAUGCAUCUGAGAGCAGCCUUGUGUGUCAUUGGCAACUGGGGAGGAAGGACAAGGGGAAGGCGGUGGGUCCCUCUGGGAAGAUUCCCCACCCCCUCCCUCAGAGUCUUCUCUUUACUCCAUUUUCCCUAGACCUAAAAACAGUUUGGCAGAAGACACUUUUAAUAACAUUUUUCUUAUUAAAAAAAAUACAGCCACAA